UCUGCCUCCUCCAAUUCCGGCCACGAUGCCCGUCUUCACGUUCGGCCAGCCUCAGCGAUCCAACACGUCGUUCCCGGACGCAUCUGAAGACCCGCUCUUCCUGUUCACGGAUCUCUUCGAGGACACUUCGGACGAGUCGGUCAACAACAACCUGAGCAUCACGAGACAGGGUCCAAGCCUCGUUUCAAGUCAGCACACCGUACAAAACGUUUCGACCGAGACGGUGCCUUCGACGAGCACCGCAGCCAGGGCCUUCUCAUCGAACACCACGGUUGCCUCGGACGUAGCCUCGACCUCCAGGGAUCAACAGCUGCUGUGCCAACCGGACAAGCAGGAUCACCGCGACGCACAGGACAAGCCCGACCUACAGGACCAACUCGACCGCCAUCAAGACCAGCACGACCAGGCGCCGCUACAAGACCAGCACGUCUCUUCAACGAGUUCCGACCCUAAUUCGGAACUCAAGGUUACCAGGAGCCGAAGUCCAUUAAACGACGGUCCUGACGUGUACGAGCCAAAGUACAGCAGGUCUUCCUCGUCUCUGGACUGAUUUUCGGAUAACGUGAUGGAGCGGCUUCUGGACACGCGUCCAAUAUUCCCUGUGCCAUGCUCUGGGCUAGCUCCUCUACUACUGCCAUGAACUGUCAAGCCAACUCAACCCACGGCCGUGACGACGUUAUAUGAACCAGCUAGUGAAGGUUGACUCACGCCAUCCAAGUGCUUCAAAUUGUUUUAUCCAGUACAGCGUAGA